GAGGCCGCGGCGGGCGGCGCGGAGCAGAGCGGGAGCCGCUUCAGCGUCCUGACCUGGGAGCAGGUGCAGCGGCUGGACCAGAUCCUGGGCGAGGCCGUGCCCAUCCACGGCCGCGGCAACUUCCCCACGCUGUCGGUGCGGCCGCGCACCAUCGUGCAGGUUGUCCGCAGCCGCCUGCAGAAGAAAGGAAUCACAGUGCACAACGUGAGGCUGAACGGCUCAGCAGCCAGCCACGUCCUGCACCAGGACAGUGGCCUGGGCUACAAGGACCUGGACCUCAUUUUCGGGGUGGAUCUGAAGAGCGAGGACGUUUUCCAGCUGGUUAAAGACGUGGUCAUGGAUUGCCUGCUGGACUUCCUCCCCGAGGGUGUCAACAAGGACAAGAUCACGCCCAUGACCCUGAAGGAGGCCUAUGUGCAGAAGCUGGUGAAGGUGUGCAACGAGACCGACCGCUGGAGCCUCAUCUCGCUGUCCAACAACAGCGGCAAGAACGUGGAGCUCAAGUUCGUGGAUUCUCUGCGGCGCCAGUUCGAGUUCAGCGUGGACUCCUUCCAGAUCAUCCUGGACUCGCUGCUGCUCUUCGGGGAGUGCUCGGAGAACCCCAUGGCCGAGAGCUUCCACCCCACGGUGACGGGCGAGAGCAUGUACGGGGACUUCCAGGAGGCCAUGGAGCACCUGCGGCACCGCGUCAUCGCCACCCGCAACCCCGAGGAGAUCCGCGGCGGGGGCCUCCUCAAGUACUGCAACCUCCUGGUCAGGGGCUUCAAGCCCAAGUCGGAGGUGGACAUGAAGGCCCUGCAGAGGUACAUGUGCUCCAGGUUCUUCAUCGACUUCUCGGACAUCGGCGAGCAGCUGCGGAAGCUGGAGGGUUACCUGCAGAGCCACUUCGUGGGCAUGGAGAGCAACAGGUAUGACUAUCUGAUGACCCUGCACAGGGUGGUCAACGAGAGCACGGUCUGCCUCAUGGGACACGAGAGGAGGCAGACCCUGAACCUCAUUGCCAUGCUGGCUGUGAGGGUCCUGGCUGAGCAGAACAUCAUCCCCACCGUCACAAACGUUACCUGCUACUACCAGCCAGCCCCUUACGUCAGCGAAAUAAACUUCAACUACUACGUGACCCACGUGCAGCCCUUCCUGCCUUGCAACCAGCCCUACCCCACGUGGCUCCCCUGUAACUGAGCCAGGACAGGCUCCAGGGUCUGCCCUCCAAGGUAUUUCCUUGCCUUGGUGAGGGGGGGGUUGGCAGGGUGGGCAGGGGGAUCUAAAUAAAACCUCCCGACCUUCCUAGAACUGCAACAAAAGGAAACUUCCUGGACUCUUGCUUGAGUGUCUCGUUCCUGGGAUUGUUGGAGCGAGGCUUGUCUGCUGUACACUGUGAUGGGAAGUGCAGUGUUAUGGAAAUGACUCCUUCUGGAAUUGUGGAGGCAGUGGGGUGGGUGGGGUGUGUGAGGGGAGACUGUAGAAUUACGCUAAGGUAGAGCUGCACUGCCCUGAAAUGGAUCUGAAUUGUGGUUUGUUUUUUUUUUUUUAAGUGCAGGAGGUGUUAUGGGUGUGCAAACUUGUGGUUUCUGC